UGAGUUCCAAGCGGAUUGUGUUCGGAAGUUUGCCGAAAAUCGCGCCAGUCCGUGCCCAAAGGGCGUUUAAAGACGGUGUCUGCAUGAACCAAGUGCAGCCAAGAACUAUCAUCUUUCCUUCCUGACGAUUACCACUUUUCGCGAUUCAAACAAGACUUAAAAUUUCGCUAUGCGCGGCGCCACCUUGCCCCUGGCCGUCCUGGCCACUUCGUGGGCUUCUAUGGCCCAGGCAUCUUCGCUGUCUCAUUACGCCCUGCAGAAGGUCCUCGAUGAUGCCUCACCUAUCUUUGGCUCUUAUGUCAAGCAAACCAACAGCAAGGCAGAAUGGAUGAAAGCCUACUCGGAUGAUACCCUCCUGGUUCACAUGAACAUCCCUGGCACCCACGAUAGUGCGACGUGGAACUACACCAAAGCCACGCAAGAUGCGAUGCGCGGUAUCACCGACCUCAAUCAAGUGACAUUGCCAGUUCCUGAGGCACUUCGCUGCCAAGAGCUACCCCUGAUUGAUAUGCUCAAUAUGGGCAUUCGAGCUUUCGAUCUUCGCUAUGCUUUCGACCCCACGAACAGCUCGAUUGUCUUUUAUCAUUCUCAGGGACUCUUGUCGGAGACUGCGAAUUUGGAUGGUGUGCUGUUCAGUUUCUACAAGUGGCUCGAUGACCACCCCUCGGAGACUCUGUUCUUGUCCAUGCAGUACGAAGGCUCGACUGCCAAGUAUGCAUCCAACAAUGCCGCACUUCAGCUGAAGCUCUACAAUUCUUUGACCAAUCCCGCUGCCCGACAGUACUUUGUCCAGACCAAGGACCAGCUGGGAACCCUGGGCCAAGCCCGUGGGAAAAUUACUCUGCUGCGUCGUUUUGACCUCGAUCAGCUCUCUUCUUCCUACACAAACUCUCUGCCGGGUCUUCACUUCUCGCCCAGCCUGUGGACGGACAACAGUCCCGACAUCGUUUUAACUUAUAACACCAAGGAGAAUUUGACCGCGUAUAUCGAGGACUACUACGAGCCUCUUACUCCCACUAGUUCAAAUGCCACCGAGAAUAUUCAGUGGAAGUACAAUGCGACCUCAAAGAACAUCAUCAAGGCUACCACCGAAUACCCCGAUAGCCUGUUCUGGACGUGGGCCUCCAGCACAAAUACCGACAAUGUGCCACCGGAGUGGCCUCGCAUUAUGGCUCUUGGAAAUGGCACCUUAACCCCCGCCGGUGGAGUCAACCAACUUCUUGUUACUUUCCUGAAGCAGCAAAAGGGCAAGCGCGUUGGAAUCGUGAUGUUUGACUUUUUUGAUCAGCCCUCCAAGUUGAUCGACACCUUCCUGAGCCUGUAGAUAUGAGUAGAACAAGAAGCCUACCACAUGAUAGAUGGAAACUCAUCUCCCAUUUUAGAUAUAGUGAUACUUUUCUUCAAUGUGCGCUUUCAUUUAAUUAAACAAGGCUAUUCCUUCAAAGAAUGUGUAUUAUGAAAAA